AUUAAUAAUAUUCUGUUUUGGAAAGAACGAAAAUGAGGGGACGGCUUUUUUGGUCCUCCCUUACUUUGUUAAUUCUCGUCAGUUAUUCGACGGCUUGUGACGAUAAAGGAAUAUGUUUGUUGGAAGCGCUCAAAGAAAUAAAACAAUGUGAAAAAUCUGUGCUGGCUUCGUUGCUAAAACCUUUACUGACAUCUAAGAUUGAAAAGAAGUCAUGCUCCAAAUGCCUCGAUGAGCCGGCGCCACCGCCCACACUGGUCCUGAUGCCUUCAAAUCCAUGUGCUCCACCCCCAGUUUGUCCAUCACCAGCUCCUGUCAUUAUAUCUCCACCUUCGAGUCCCUGUGCCCAACCUUCCCCAAUCAUUCUUCCUACCCCAUGUUCAUCACCCUCUCCUUCCCCUUGCGCCCCAUCUGCCUCUGUUUUUCUUUCUGCCCCCUGUUCACCUCCACCGGCAGCUCCUAUAGUUCUUCCGGCUCCGUGUAAUCCUCCACCUUGUCCUCCACCUGCCCCAAUUAUUCUUUCAGCUCCGUGUGCCCCACCAAGUCCUAUAAUGCUUCCAACUCCGUGUGCCCCUCCAAGCCCUAUCAUGCUUUCAUCCCCCUGUGCUCCACCGAGCCCUAUAAUGUUUCCAGCCCCCUGUGCUCCACCGAGCCCUAUAAUGCUUCCAGCCCCCUGUGCUCCACCGAGCCCUAUAAUGCUUCCAGCCCCCUGUGCUCCACCGAGCCCAAUAAUGCUCCCAGCCCCCUGUGCUCCACCGAGCCCUAUAAUGCUUCAAGCCCCCUGUGCUCCACCUUCACCGAUGAUGUUUCAACCACCACCCUGUUCCGCUCCACCAGCCCCUGCACCAUGUCAACCGCAAUCACCAAUAAUAAUUUCUUUAGCUCCACCUCCACAGCCAUGUUCUUGUCCUGCCCCCACAUGCUCCUGUGCCCCCCCAUCCUUUCCAAUGACGGCAUAUAUGGUGCCCCCACCGGUACCUGUAUCUUUAGAAGCAAAACCAAUUAAAUCGUCAUGUGGUUGCCAAUUUUAGAGUAAAUAGUAUCUAAAUGACACUUAAUAAUGGGUAAAGGGUAGAAUUUAUAAAAUUAAACCUUAUGUCAUGAAAUUACAAUAAGUACGUAUUCUGUAUACAUAUUAUAUUGUAUUUAUUUGACUAAAACCAGCGAAAGAAGUAUAAAGCAAUCUAGUCUGAUUUUGUAUUUAUUUGAUAACGUAUAUUUACUGUAUAUAUUAUCAAGAUUAUUUUAUUAAAAUUAUCAUAAAUAAAAAAAAUCUUUCAAUUAUCA